GGCGGCGGGGGGCCGGUGUCGCCUCAGCACCACGAGCUGACUUCGCUGUUCGAGUGCCCCGUGUGCUUCGACUAUGUGCUGCCCCCAAUCCUGCAGUGCCAGGCGGGGCACCUGGUGUGCAACCAAUGCCGACAGAAACUGAGCUGCUGCCCCACGUGCAGGGGGUCCCUGACCCCGAGCAUCAGGAACCUGGCCAUGGAGAAAGUGGCCUCGGCGGGGCUCUUCCACUGCAAGUAUGCCACCACAGGCUGUUCCCUGACACUCCACCAUACAGAAAAGCCGGAACAUGAAGACAUCUGUGAAUAUCGGCCGUACUCCUGUCCAUGUCCUGGUGCCUCCUGUAAAUGGCAGGGCUCUUUGGAAGCAGUAAUGUCCCACCUAAUGCACGCCCACAAAAGUAUCACCACCCUUCAGGGAGAAGACAUAGUCUUUCUUGCCACAGACAUUAACCUUCCAGGAGCCGUCGACUGGGUCAUGAUGCAGUCUUGUUUUGGUCAUCACUUCAUGCUGGUGUUAGAGAAGCAGGAGAAGUAUGAGGGUCACCAACAGUUUUUUGCCAUCGUGUUGCUCAUUGGCACCCGCAAACAAGCAGAGAACUUUGCAUACAGACUUGAACUGAAUGGGAACCGUCGCAGGUUAACCUGGGAGGCAACACCCCGCUCUAUUCAUGAUGGCGUGGCUGCAGCCAUCAUGAACAGCGACUGUCUAGUUUUCGAUACAGCUAUAGCACACCUUUUUGCAGACAAUGGAAACCUUGGAAUCAAUGUGACUAUUUCUACAUGUUGUCCUUGAUCUAUUUGUGUAGUUAGUGAAACCUAGGGUUGUCUGGACAUAGCGCUUUACAUUUACUAAGGGUUUUUUAAUGGUAUUCAACUAUGUCUUCAUAUAUAUUAGAGCUCCUAAUUAGCCAACAUUUUUAACAACCGUCUCUUUGGAUUUAAAGUCAUGGUUAACCAGACAAGAUGAGCAAGUGUGUCCUGUUAGUAAUCUAAGCAGAAAGAGGGUUUUUAAAAUUCAUGGAUGCUUUUUUGAAGAUUUCUAUCCCCUUUUUACAAAAAGCUCCAUUGGAUAUGGCUUUUUAAAAGAUCUGAGGGUCUGAGUUGCCCUCCAGUCUGCAACCAAAACUUGGGUUAGCAGGAAUUCACCAAGGGUAAAACAAAUGC